GAGCGGAAAGAUGCCGACAAAAAAAGUGCUUCGUAGUUUUUCGCGUCUAUUCGUUGAUCGCAAGACCCUGUUGCAUUUUGUUUUGGCACAAAUUCUGCUAGCGAUUGCGAAUGUGAGUACGAGUUUCGCCACGGGGUUUGUAUUUCUCGCGACGGAAUAUCUGGGCCCGUUUUUUUGCGUCUCUGUUGUACUUCUUCCGUGCAGUACUUCAUUCAAAUUUGGUUAGAAAUAAAACACCCCGCGCAUCAUAUUAACAUCGCGUCAAGAGCCGUCAUCUGAUGCCUACUGUCGCAAGUGGGCCAGGCGGGCCUCCGAACUUAGCGCGACCAUCGGCAUUCCAAAAAAAGGACGGCUUCUACGCGGGACAAAGCGUCGAGUACUACUCGAAAAGCGCGGGAGGUACCGACGCUAAAUAAGCAGUUUGAUGCAUGAAACACUUCAAGGACUAGGUAUUCAUUGCACUAACCGUAACCGGCAGUGCCGGUUACGGUUAGUGCAAUGAAUACCUCGAUUUGUCAAAGUCCGUCGUGUUAUAAAAAUCAAAAUUAUCAUGACGCACCAACUACAGGUAAGUGGAUCGGGUGUGUAGUCCGGGAGGUCCAGACAGAUGGCACGUUGGUUCUCAACUAUCCCGACGGCACGAUCCUGAAGGAGGGCGCGGAUCCCAGCCAGGUGAGGAAAGUACCUGGUAAUGGUAAGGACAACAUCAGCGACAACAUCCCGGCCGCUUCCCACCUCGGCGGCGGCAACAAAGUCGAGCCUAUCGUCCUCGGCGGCAACAAUGCUCCCGGUAAUAAACCGAAUCCGGGCGGCGGGGGUGCCGGUGGUGGAAUUGGUGCCAGGCCGCGGAGAGAGAGCAACUUUGGCAACAAUAACCUCGGAGGGAACAACAAUAACAACAAUCGCCUCGGCGGGAACAACAACCCCUCGGGACCCUCGCGCGGCGGUGUGAACAACAACGGACCCGGCGCUGGUGCGAGAAGGCCAACGACCCACGCGGGAGGCGGAGGUGCGAACAACCGCGCCGGAAACCUCGGGGACAAUAAACGGGGCCUGGAUGAGACCUGGAAUGCCCAGAAAGUGUACGUCGGCGACCGGGCGAAAAUUCGCGAAACGGGCCGGGCCGGAGACGUCAUGUUCGUGGGGCGAAUAAAUUCCUUCGGGACGGGACUGGUAUGAUAUAAAUGAACAAGAACCUAGAACGCCGGUCCUCUACUACGAAGAUAUUAACAUUCGUAUUAUAAGCAAAUGUACGAAAUAAAUAAUUUUUCCAGGGGGCUCCUGCUGCAACAAGAACAACAUACACGGCAUUUGCCACAUCCUAAUCUGACCGCGUUCAUGUCUUUCACUUCUUUGAUCUAGGUGUACAUGAUUUAGACACUUGCACUUGCUCACGUAGUUAACGCAGAACUCCAUCAAACAAUCUCCAACCAGGUCGUUGGCCUGAAACUGGACGAAAAGCGACGAACUUCUGAGUGCGACGGCCGACACGGAUCGGAGCGCUACUUUCGGUGUCCGCCGGGCUACGGCGUGUUUCUCUCCAUCGACGAAGUAGAGGUGUCGCAGAAGGGCACGGAGAAGGACUCGGCUGCGUCGCUGGAGAACUGUCGGAUGGUGUUCGAGGCACCGGUUGGCGGUUCAGGAAACAACAAUAAACAGGAGCUCGACCUGGAAAAGGAACUCGAAAAGUUUUACGACGCGGAAGGAAUCAAGGCACAGCUCCGGCGCGUGAAGCGAUGGGUCGAGGUAAGUUUUCCCAGUCGUCCUCUCUUUCGAACAUUUAUUUGAGUUUCCUAGAGAGGCAUGUUGAUGUUGAAUGUUCAUCUGUUCAGGGUUACUUAUCACGAAGCAAAAUGCAUGAACUAGGUCCAGCGCAAGCGAUCCGAGGCUGCCAACCAGCAGCAGGACGGAAGCAACGACAUUGGCCUAAAGCCGUUGACCUUUCUCUUCCGCGGGCAGCUCGGCACGGGAAAAACGACUAUCGCGAGGCACUUGACACACCUGCUCCGCGACUUGGGCGUGAUCAACCGCGGCCAGUUGAUAGAGACCUCGAGGAAGGAGCUCACCGCCAGCUACGGCGAAGGGGACAAAACGGUUACGAAAGUCUGGAAGGUAUCCUGAGUAAAAACGUACCCACACCAGAGUCAGAAUGGGGAUUUUGCAACACAAACCUAGGAGUUUUGUGAGUCACGCAUGACAAGUUGCGCUCUGCAGUGUAGUGCAGGUUAGCAAGUGCAGCCGCGUCACAGAUUCAUCUGCUCAUCCUGUUCACAGCAUCACAAAUUCCAAAACACGACUGGAAAUGGCUCUCAUGCGGAUGCGCAUUACAAGUCUUCCUGUCUUUGCAAAUCUGCAUUACAACUCUGGCGUGGGUACGUUUUUACUCAGGAUAGAAGGCGGCACUGGGCGGCGUGCUCUUCAUUGACGACAUCGGCCAGGCGGCGGAUGAGAAGGUACGGAAAUAAUUAUUACUUUUCGCUGUAAUAGUAAUACGCACUACCACGGGUGCUGCAAAUCGAAGCCAGCAUUCGCACUUCUUGUUUCAAGGAAAAAUCAAAUAAAAAUAUUUGACGGUGCACGAGGCAUCCAAAUCGAUAAUCGAUAAUGCUUGUUCUUAUGCCUAAACUGCGUUACCUCACCUCCUGCACCUACAGAACGACCGCAGCGGCGGCCACACGCUCGAGGAAGCUUUGUACUCUAUCAUGAAGCACUGGGACCAAAUUUCCCGCUCUUUCACAACUUGGCCCCAGCCGAUGUGUCUGAUUCUGAGCUACCCGCAGAACGCGUCUUUGCCGGAGCGACUGCAGCCGAUACAGAACGAAGCGCGCAGCUUUGACUUCGACGACUACAACGAGGAGUGCAUAGCGCACAUCCUGGAGGCAAACAUCAAAGCGAGAAACUUCAGCUCCACAAACAUAAAGUCGGAGUCGCUGCUAAAGUACGUUAAGCCUGAUGCUGAUUCUUGGUUUUUGAUUUUUUUUGAAAGUAGGCAUGAAGGCUGAAAAAAAACCAAGCAGAGCCAAAGAUAGAACGCAUCAACACUGGGCGAACGUAGACGAGGAAAUAAAUAGUGACUGCAAGAAAUAAAAUGAUCAACGUCAACCACUACAGCGUCGUGCGCGGGGCCGUGGCGCGCGGGAUGGGGCAAGAGUUUCCCAACGCGUUGCUUGCCGAGAAGUUGCUGAAUGAUGCAAUCCAGAAGCAAACGGAAAGGGUUUGGAUGAAAGACACCAUGAGCUGGGAGGGCUUGACCACCCUUUGCGAAGACGACUUUCUCACCGAGCACAAGGGCCAACAAGAGCAAAGGGAUGCACUUGGUAAGAAAUGGACAUGUUGUGCGGCAUACUGAUAGAUGAGGCUUUUCAGUUGCGUUGACCCGCUUGGAUUCAUCCAAGAAAGUCUCUACGUACAGGAAUGAAAUUUUCAUACAGGCACUGUGUCUUCUUCGCUUUUUUUUGGAAGAAUCUGGGGAAAAAUCCCCAGAUGCAUUCGGCUUUAGUCGCGAUAUUUGCUUGCCGUUCCGUCGCGAUCCACGUUCGAAAGUCUUUUCUUUUGAUUUUCAACAAAAAUUUUCGUAGGCGCCAAAAAUGCAAGUUUCUCCUGCUGUUUUAUGCCCAGAUGCAUUUUUUUGCAGCGGCGCAUCUGGGGAGUUGUUGCACACCGUGCCAUCGGUCUCUGGUUUUUGGCGGAUUUUUUGUAAUUUUGGUCAAAAAAUGGCAUUGCUUUGGCUUAAGAACAGACUCCGCUCCUGUCUAACUGCAAAAUAUAUUGCUCCUUUUGGCUGAAUCUGGGGAGAAAUCCCCAGUCCCUCCCCAGAUGCGCUCAGCCACUUUCGGGAUGCUUGCUUGCCAUACCCUCGCGAUUCACGAUCGCAAGUCUUAUGGUUCGACUUUCAUGAAAAACUGGCGCGAGUACAAAAAAACCAAGUUUCUCAUGGUGUUUCUUCCCCAGAUGCAAUUUUCGUUUGGGGCGCAUCUGGGGAGAUUUUUCACACCGUGCCGUCGGUCUUUGGCUUUUGGCGGAUUUUUUGUAAUUUUGGUCAAAAAGUGGCCUUUUUUUGGGGUGAAAACAGAUUUCGCUCCUGUCUAGCUGCAAAAGAUGUCGCUUCUUUUGGCUGAAUCUGGGGAGAAAUCCCCAGACCCUCCCCAGAUGCGCUCAGCCACUUUCGGGAUACUUGCUUUCCAUACCCCCGUGAUUCACGAUCGCAAGUCUUAUGGUUCGACUUUCAUGAAAAACUGGCGCGAAUACAAAAAAAAACAAGUUUCUCAUGGUGUUUCGUCCCCAGAUGCAAUUUUCGUCUGGGGCGCAUCUGGGGAGAUUUUGCACACCGUGCCGUCGGUCUUUGGUUUUUGGCGGAUUUUUUGUAAUUUCGGUCAAAAAAUGGCAUCGCUUUGGGUUGAGAACGGAUUUCGCUCUUGUCUAGCUGCAAAAGAUGUCGCUUCUUUUGGCUGAAUCUGGGGAGAAAUCCCCAGACUCUCCCCAGAUGCGCUCAGCCACUUUCGGGAUAUUUGCUUGCCAUACCCUCGUGAUUCACGAUCGCAAGUCUUAUGGUUCGACUUUCAUGAAAAACUGGCGCGAGUACAAAAAAAAACAAGUUUGUCAUGGUGUUUCGUCCCCAGAUCAACCUUUCGCAAUUUUAACGAAAACGCAACACAGCGAAACUCGAAAAGAUUGUUGGGCUUUCGGAAGUGAAGAGCUUCGUGAAAUCUUUGCACGCGCAGUUGUCUGUGGAAAUGCAGCGCAGACUAGCGGGCAUUAAUGCCGGGACCGCCAGUCACACCCUCCACAUGAUCUUCACCGGUAGCCCGGGAACGGGAAAGACCACCGUUGCCCGUGUGAUCGCGGAGUUGCUACGCUCGCUGGGUUAUGCAUUGCAAAAGUACCGCAUUAGGAUUAGUAUGAAUCGCGACCCUUUUCAUGCAGGCUCAGACAAAAAGAGAAAAAAGAAAAACGCAUCUGUCAUGCCGGCCUGCGAUUUAGUACGAGUGCGACACUUUUGCAGGGGAUAUGGGUCUGUUGCGCAAGGGACACCUCAUCGAAGCCGACCGGUCUAGCCUAGUCGCGGGCUACAGCGGACAGACGGCGCUGAAGACAAAAGUACUUACUUUAUUUUUAUGAACAUCAAAAAGAUAUCCGACCGUGACUCUCUUGCGUGAAGCCUAAAAGACUGUUGUACUGCACAAGAAUACCAGCACUAGGAGCCAAGAGUCACUGGGUGUUGUAAAAAAAAACUAUUGUUCUUUCCGCGGUCGUGCUCUUUCCCCCGUGCAGUUUCUUGCAGUUCUCCACUCACGUUGGUUUUGUUCCAUUGUCAAUAUUCAGUUCUGGGCGGGCGUACUUACAAAUUCUUUUUCUUCCGCAAUCGGAUCAGGCCGUCGUCGAGUCCGCGCUUGGUGGGGUGCUCUUCAUCGACGAAGCGUAUGCCUUGGUGCAGGGCGACGGGCGCGAUUCCUUCGGGCAUGAGGCCCUGGACACCCUGAUCAAGAUGACCGAGGAUCACCGGGGGAACUUGGUAGUCAUCCUCUAUCCUGAGUAAAAACGUCCCCACCCCAGAGUUGUCAUGCAGAUUUGCAAUGACAGGAACAUUUGUGAUGCGUAUCCCCAUGAUAGGCAUUUGCAAUCGUGUUUUGGUAUUUGUAAUGCUGUAAACAGGAUCAGCACAUGGAUUUGUAAUGCGGCUGUCCUUUCCAACCUGCACUGCACUACGUACUGCAACUUGUCAUGCGUGACUGCCAAAGCUUCUGGAUUUGUGUUGCGAGAGCCCCAUCUUGACUCUGGUGUGGGGACGUUUUUACUUAGGAUAUCCUCGCGGGCUACAUCAAGGAGAUGCAGCGACUCCUGGACAGCAACCCGGGACUCUGCUCGCGGUUCCCGAACAAGCUGAACUUCGAAAACUACACGCUGGACGAGAUGUUUGAAAUCGGGGAGUUAUGGAUUGCAAAUAUGUCUGGGUCUGGAAGAAGACAAACUUGUGAUGCGCAUUUCAGAACACAGAAAAAUCUCUCAUGCAUAGGUAGCAAAAGCUGCCCCCCACUUUCUGUCACCAAAGUGGGGGACUUGUCAUGCGGAUUCGGCAUUUUUGCGGAAGCUUCUCGAGACCUGUGAUGCUAGAGCUUCCAUGCCAGACCUUCUGCGUCAUGCAAACACAGCAUGACUCUUCCAGACCCAGACACUUUUACACUUGAUGGGAGUCCAUGCUGCUCGCAGACAACUUGAAGCUCUACGGCGGGAUCCAGGACAAGGCCGGACUCGCCUUUAUGGGGUUCUCAAACGUUACAUUCUCAACUGUUACAUGAAUUUGUAAUGCAAGAACGGCGAAAGUGAAAGGGGGAAGAUUUAUUUUGCGCCUUUUGCAUUACAGACUUGGCACAGAUUUAGAUGCUGUUUAGCCCUUCGGAUAUUUGUGAUGCGAAACAGCUUAAUCACGACGAUCUUAGUGGUAAAAUUGCAUGACAAAUCAUGUAACAGUUGAGAAUGUAACAGUUGAAAACGCCAUAGCCUUCAAGCAGAAGCUCCAGAGUCUCGGCGCGAACCACGGCAACGGCCGGAGCGUGCGCAACAUACUGGAGGAAGCGAAGCGAAACAUGGCGGUGCGACUCACCAUAUGCAUUGCAAAAGUAUCGUACUCGUACUAAUCGCAUUUAUGCAUUAGCAUUACAAAUUCUAUUGUUAAGGUAGAUCCGCAUGACAAAUUUUACUUCUCAUGCUGAGGAAGUUUGUAUUGCAACUUAUACUAGUGCGAAACUUUUGCAGUUCAUACACCACCAUGAAGCGCCCAACGGCGAACGACCUAGUCACGCUCACCGCCGACGAUUUUCAGUAAGGCAGUCGUUUUCACCUACUGAUUCUGGCCCAUCUAUCAGAAACAGAAUGCUAUUGUGCUUUCCUGGAAUAAAUCGAUUGCCGGUUCGGUUCCAGGGCGGCUACUGAUGCGAUGCUGCCGUUGAACUCUGCCGCGCUCUAAUCUUCUAUAACUCUUGGUUUCGUUUUUAUACUUGCUUUUGGUCUUGCUAAUGAUAAAUCAAUAGGCAGCAUAAACUGAAGACGCUCAUUGUGAACAGAGAACUUGAACUGUAUCUGUAAGUAACCAAUUUACACCAGAACUGUAUUAUCGAAUGAACUUUUCAUCCUUCUAAAAGCACACUGAGUAUUUUUGUACUUAUUGGUCUGAUGAAGAUGAUGUACAGCGAGAGGGAGAGCGACCGCGUCCUGCGCACGCCACGAAGGAGCGGGAUGCGCAAGCGCUCCAUAUUCCUUUUGAACAGGUUUGCGUUUUAUUUUGAUGACACUCACACUGUACUUUUUUCCCAGCAAAAACGAUUGCACUGUGUCAGCCUACGAAGCCACCAAGAAAUUGUACCUUAAAACGACAGACAGAGACACAGCAGACAGUAGAGUACGUCUAUACUGAUGAAACUUUUUCUUGACAUUGUCAAUUAUAAGAUUUUGCGAUAAGCUUUUCCGUUCUGAUCAAUUAGCUAUCGACUCAUCACUCAACGGCAUUUUUCUUUGUGUUUUGAGGAGCAGACAAGCUGCUUGAAAAGAGGCCACCGCUGUCUCCCAGUGACGAAACGAAAGUGUGAACUUCAUCUAUGAACUUUUUUAGCCGCAGUGUUGCUCCUGCAUGCGCCAGAAACGAAAAAUUUUCAAACAAGCACAGAAACUGAAACAGUCGCGGCGGGCUCGCUUCUCGCAGUGACGUCAUGGAUUGCCAUCCUGGUCCCGCAAGCGAAUCAGAGAUUUCAUGAGAGCUGCCUCGAAUCGUGUAUCUUUCUAUCUAUCAUGUUCUUUCUCAGCCCUAGCAAGAGCAAGCCUCAACACGGAGGAUCUGUCAGCUUGGAGGUGGG